AUGUCGGCUCCAAGGUUUCGCUUGGUACAGGGACCGGCGAUUGGCGAACGGGCUGCGAAUAACAGCACACCAACAUCAAAUCCCGCUUCGCCGCCAGAAAAUGCUCCAAGGAUCCCGCAAAUCGUGCCAAAUGUUGCAUCACCGGUUGCGCAAAUGAGACCAAGUCCCGGGCCACCGCCUCAGCAGCAAAUUCCACAGUAUCAACCACCUCCAGUUCAGCAAAUGCAGCAGAUUCAGCCGCAGGUUCAGCAAAUCCCGCAUCAACAGAUUCAACAACCUCAACCUCAACCCCAAGACAUCCCACCAACUGUCUCGAAAUGCGUGCGAUUCCUGAAAACUCUAAUCAAUCUGGCGGAACAUCCAAACUCGGAAAAUUCGACGAAAAGCGAGGUUGUCAAAAAUUUGAUCACCCAGGUGAUUUAUACGGAUUUGAGUGCUGAGGAAUUCACAACACGCCUACAGGCUGCUCUACAAUCACAAGCUCAGCCACAUUUGUUGCCGUUUUUGCAGAAUACGGUGCCUGCGUUGAGACAUUCAGUUAGAACUGGUGAGCAUUUAAAAAAUGAUUAGAAAUAAUUUUUUUGUUGAAGAAUUCACGUUUUUUUCGAAUUUUGGGGAAAAAUUCAUUUAAAAAUUGUAAUUUACCUAUCGUAAAGAAUAAAAUUCUCAUAGAAAAUCAUAUUUUCAUGGAAAAACUUAGUUUUUAUUACAUUUCUCAUGGCAAAUUAAUAAUUUCACUCGUUUCAAGCUAAAAAUCUGAAUUUUCAGUCUUUUUUCACAUAAGUUUUCAUUGAAAAGCUUAAAAAUUGCACUUUUCCUAUUAAUACGCUGAAAAUUUCAGUUUUCAGUCAUAUUUUACUUGAAAAUCCAAAUUUUCCUAUUGAAAAUCCAUAAAAAUUGUAAUUUUCUUAUAGAAAUUUGCAUUUUUCGUUUAAUUUUACGUAAAAGAUUGCAAAUUUCAGCUAUUUUCAACCGAAAUCGAUAUUUUUAGUCACUUUUCACAUAACAUUUCAACUUUUUCCAUUGAAAAGCUUAAAAAUUGCAAUUUUCCUAUGGAGAAGCUGAAAAUUUCAGUUUUCAGUCAUAUUUUACUUGAAAAUCCAAAUUUUCCUAUUGAAAAGUCUAAAAAUUGUAAUUUUCUUAUAGAAAUUUGCAUUUUUCGUCAAAUUUUACGUAAAAGAUUGCAAAUUUCAGCUAUUUUCAGCCGAAAUCGAUAUUUUUAGCUAUUUUUCACAUAAAACUUCAAAUAUUUCAUUGAAAACGCUGAAAAUUGCAAUUUUCAUCAAAGUUUUCAUUGAAAACGCUGAAAAUUUCAGUUUUCAGUCAUAUUUCACCAAAUUUUCCUAUUGAAAAGUCUAAAAAUCCAUAAAAAUUGUAUUUUUCUUAUAGAAAUUUGCAUUUUUCGUCAAAUUUUACGUAAAAGAUUGCAAAUUUCAGCUAUUUUCAGCCGAAAUCUAAAUUUUUAGUCACUUUUCACAUAAAAAUUCAAAUUUUUCAUUGAAAACGCUGAAAAUUUCAGUUUUCAGUCAUAUUUUACCAAAUUUUUCUAUUGAAAAGUCAAAAAAUUCAUAAAAUUGUAAUUUUCUGAUAGAAAAUCAUUUUUUGUCAAAAUUUACGUAAAAGAUUGCAAAUUUCAGCUAUUUUCAGCCGAAAUCGAUAUUUUUUAGCCAUUUUUCAUAUAAAACUUCAAAUGUUUCCAUUGAAAAGCUUAAAAAUUGCAAUUUUCAUCAAAUUUUUCAUUGAAAACGCUGAAAAUUGCAAUUUUCAGUCAUAUUUCACUUGAAAAUCCAAAUUUUCCUAUUGAAAAGUCUAAAAAUUGUAAUUUUCUUAUAGAAAUUUGCAUUUUUCGUCAAAUUUUACGUAAAAUAUGCAAUUUUCAACCAAUUUUUUUGCAGGCGGUCUUCGAAUCGAAGGAAUUUCGCCUCCACCCGGUUUCGUCUACACGAAUCCUAAUCAACCUCCUCAAAUCCCCCAACCUCAACCUCAACAACCUUCUCAAAACCCUCAACUCCUUUCGCAUCUUCAAAAACCUCCAACUUUGGCGCCAGCUCCUUUAGCACCUCCUCCUCCUCCUUCUUCACAAAAUCUGGGACCUGCUCAAAUUCCCUCAACUUCUGGACCUCCUGAACUUUCGGCUGAGAAUAGUUCUAAUGAAAAUCCACCGCCACAAAAUCAACGUGUCCUCCAAGAACCCGGAAAUAAACAUUCGUGUCUGAAUCCGCAGGAAAUUAUGAAUCGAAUUACGGCCAGAAUACGCGAGUCUUGUAUGGUUGAAGAAGAAGCGUUGAGUUUGAUAUCAGAUGCGACCGAAUAUAAUUUGAGAGAGAUUAUUACGCAACUUGCGGCCAUUGCGGAACAUCGCACCGAAAGUACAAGGUGAGCAUUUUUCAUUGGAAAAUAAGCUAGAAACUGUGUUUUUCUGAUAGAAAAUAUCAAAUUUGGCUUGAAAUUAUGCUGAAAAUAAAAAUUCAGAAAAAUCCGAAAACGAUUUUUGUAUGAGUAACGAAAAAAAAAAUUAGUUUUUCAUUAUUUUUUCAUGAAAUGGGGCAUUUUUGACCUAAAAAAUCGAUUUUUCGAGAAAUUUUGAAUUUAUUGUGAUUUCUGGUAACGUAAAAUUACGAGAAAUUCUAAAAAUUUAAAUGUUCGAUAAAAAAUCGAUAUUUCGAAUUUCUUGUAUUUUCUAGUCUCCUAAAAUUACAAGAAAUUCAAAUUUUACUUGAAAAGUCGAGUUUAUAGAAUUUCUUGUGAUUUCCAGUCUCCUAAAAUUACAAGAAAUACAAAAAAAUCAUAGAAUGAGAAAAAGUAGGGUUCUCGAAGCUUAUUUUCAUCAGAAAUCACUUCAGAAGCUUGAAAAAUAUUGAUUUGUCAUUAUUUUUGGUUGAAAAACUCGAAAAACUAAUGGAAAUUUGAAUUUCUCAUCAAAAAAUUAAUUUGUCAAUAGAGCGCACUUGAAUAUUUUCGCAUUAAUUUCGAAGCCAAAUUUGAAUUUUUGAGUAGAAAAUCUGAAAAUAAUACAAAUUUUUCACCAAAAUUGGAUUUCUGAUCUGAAAUUAAAUCCAUUUUCACAGCCAAAACUUCAAAUCCAACAACAAUUACACACCAAUCGAUGACACCAAACGACAAUUGCGAUUUUUGGAAGAAGUCGAUAGACAAGAAGAGGAAUUGAGAGAGAGCAGAGAAAAAGAGACGUUGAUUAGAAUGAGCAAAUCGAAAAAUAUUGGGAAAGAGACGAUUGAAAAGGCUAAGGUACCUUGGAAUUUUGGGAGGGAAAUUCGAAAAAUUUCGAAUUUUGGUUUUGCAGGAAAUGCAACGAGCGGACGCGGAAGCGAAGCGGAACCGCGACGCAAACAGCGCCGCAAUUGCCGCACUCGCCAACAAUAAAACUGUGCAAAAUAAGUGAGUUUUUGGGGGGCGGGAAAUUUUGAAAAUUCAAAUUUUAUAAUCUGUUUAUCAAUGGAGCGCACUUUCUCAAAAUUGUCUAAAAAAUUCAAAUUUUUCAUCGAAAAUACCGUAUUUUUGUUGCAGAUGGGACUCGUCUGGCCCAAAUCCUACCGCUUCUCAGAAAACACGAACAAUUCGCGUGAAUACACGUGAUUUGCAUUUGGUUGUGAAUAAUGAUAAUCGAUUUUAUGGGUAAGCUUUUUUUGGGGGCAGAAAUUGGGUGAUUUCAAUGAAAAAUAAUCGAUUUUUCAAGAAAUUUUGAAUUUAUUGUGAUUUCUGGUAACGUAAAAUUACGAGAAAUACUAAAAAUUUAAAUUUUCAAUUAAAAAAAUCGAUUUUUCGAAUUUUUUGUAUUUUCUGGUCACCGGAAAUUACAAGAAAUACAAAAAAUUUAAAUUUUCGAUAACAAACCAAUUUUUCGAAUUUCUAGUAUUUUCUAAUAACCUAAACUUACAAGAAAUUCAAAAAAUUCAAAAUUUACGAAAAAUCGAUUUUUUUGUAUUUUCUGGUCACCUGAAAUUACGAGAAAUUCAAAAUUUAUGAGAAAAUUUGAAUUUUUAGAAUUUCUGGUCACUGGAAAUUACAAUAAAUUCAAAAUUUCAUCCAAUUUCCAGUAUUUUUCAAAUUUCCUUCCAAAAUCUCAUUUUUCCAGCACAUUUCUCCGCGAAAAACUUGCCUACGGUGGUCCGUCGCUCGAUCCAACAAUUUGA